AUGGUUAAGCUCUCUCAUCUCCUCGUCGCAACUUUCGGGGUUCUCCUCGUCCUUAAUGGCUGCCUCGCAAGGCAAUCGCUAGGGGUUCCUCCUCAGCUGGGGAACGAGUGUAACCUCGAUAACUUAGACGUUCUUCAGGCCACCGAAACUAUCAAGAGCGAGGCUGGUCAGCUCGAGUACUGGGAUCACAACCAUCCUCAGCUCCGAUGUGCUGGUGUCUCUGUCUCUCGUCUUGUAAUCGAACAAGGCGGUCUCUACCUUCCUACCUUCUUCACCUCCCCCAAAAUUUCUUACGUCGUUCAAGGAAUGGGUAUUAGCGGAAGAGUGGUCCCUGGAUGUGCGGAGACCUUCAUGGACUCGCAGCCUAUGCAAGGACAACAACAAGGACAGCCAUGGCAAGGACAAGGACAGGGUCAGCAAGGACAACAAGGACAACCAUGGGAAGGACAGGGACAACAAGGACAACCAUGGGAAGGACAGGGACAACAAGGACAACCAUGGGAAGGACAGGGACAACAAGGACAACCAUGGGAAGGACAGGGACAACAAGGACAACAAGGGUUCCGUGACAUGCACCAGAAGGUGGAACAUGUCCGACAUGGAGACGUCAUUGCCAUUACCCCAGGCUCUGCCCAUUGGAUCUACAACACCGGAAACGAGCCACUUGUUAUCAUCUCACUUCUCGACAUUGCCAACUACCAAAACCAACUCGACCGCAACCCUAGAGUGUUCCGUUUGGCCGGAAACAACCCACAGGGUGGUUUUGGUGGUCCCCAGCAACAACAACAACAACAGAACAUGCUGAGCGGUUUCGACCCUCAAGUGUUAGCUCAGGCAUUGAAAAUCGACGUUAGGUUGGCUCAGCAGCUUCAGAACCAACAAGAUAACAGAGGAAACAUUCGUGUCAAGGGACCUUUCCAGGUUGUGAGGCCGCCUCUUAGACAGUCCUACGAGAGCGAGAAGUGGAGACACCCAGGUGGCCAACCACAAAUCCCACAAGACAACGGCCUCGAGGAGACUAUCUGCAGCAUGAGGACCCACGAGAACAUUGACGACCCAGCCCGUGCUGACGUGUACAAGCCCAACCUCGGUCGCGUGACCAGCGUCAACAGCUUGACAUUGCCCAUCUUGCAGUAUGUUAGGCUCAGCGCCACCCGUGGCAUUAUCCAGGGUAAUGCGAUGGUGCUUCCAAAAUACAACAUGAACGCGAACGAAAUCUUGUACUGCACUGGAGGACAAGCGAGGAUUCAAGUGGUGAACGACAACGGACAGAACGUGUUGGACCAGCAGGUGCAGAAAGGACAGCUUGUGGUCAUCCCACAAGGAUUUGCAUACGUUGUCCAGUCCCGCGGAAACAACUUCGAAUGGAUUUCUUUCAAGACAAACGCUAACGCGAUGAUCAGCACUUUGGCUGGUCGAACCUCGGCCUUGAGGGCAUUCCCACUAGCGGUCAUAAGCAAUGCUUACCAGAUCCCUCUCGAGGAAGCUAGAAAGAUCAAGUUCAACACGCUUGAGACCACCUUGACUCAUGCGCGCGGUGGGCAACAGCAGUUGAUCGAGGAGAUAGUCGAGGCUUAAGUUAAAACGUUUUCUUUUUACUAAUAAAGUAGCGACAUGGUUGCUAUUGUAAUGGUCAGUUUGUUGUAAUCAUGCCCACUCUAAGCUUUUAACGUAUAUGUAAAAUAUGUGUCUGAUGAACACACCGGCACGUCACUUGUAUGUAACCCUUUCUCAUCAAUAAAA